AUGAAUUCAUGGAAAGAUAAAUUUACAGAAAAGAUAACCAAUUUUUUUUACGAACCAUCUUCUUCUUCUUCUUCUUCUCCAACGUCUUCUGAUCACGAUCAGACCAGUUUACCUCUUAAAGAUGAAAGCUAUUUGUCAUCAAUACUUUCUUUCUUGUUUCCCUCGCAAGAGUCAAUUUCGAAAGAAGAGAAUGAUUACGAAGCAGGCAGCCUAAAGAUUAUAAAAUGUAAGAAUUCAGAUACAAAAGACGAGAAUCCAGACCUAGGGUCAGGGAAGAGCACCAGCAGUAAUGAAGUGUUUGAAGAUGCCAUUGAUCUAAAGACCCCAAAGAAGCAUGUUCAUGACCUAAAUCUGGAUUCCGUUUUUAUUUCAUCCAAUUUGAGCCAAUUUUUUCAAUCUUGCCUUCCCAAUAUAGUAAAAGGUUGCAAAUGGGUUUUAAUUUAUAGUACCUUGAAACAUGGCAUAUCACUUCGAACACUUAUUCGGAACACAUUUGAAGUUUCUGGGCCUUGUUUGCUGAUUACGGGAGACAAUAAAGGUGCUGUGUUUGGGGGGCUAAUAAAUUGCCCGUUAACACCUACUCCCCAAAGGAAAUAUCAAGGAACAGUUCAGACCUUUGUUUUCACAACAUUAUAUGGUGCACCAACUUUGUUUAGACCAACUGGUGCAAACCGGUACUUUUACAUAUGUUCUAAUGACAUGCUAGCGUUUGGAGGCGGAGGAAGUUUUGCCUUACGCUUAGAUGGAGAUUUGUUAACGGGAACUAGUGGACCUUGUGAUACAUUUGGUAAUCGAUGUUUGGCUCAUAAUGAAGAGUUUGAGUUAAAGAACGUUGAGUUGUGGGGCUUUACUCAUUCCUCUCGAUUUCGUUAA